AUGGGGCCAGUAACAUCUAGAUCUGAGAGUAACCAAACAAAUUCCUUUAUCAACGUCUGCAUAUAGAUAAAUGGUGUGUGACGUCUGACCUCUCCUUUCAGUUCCGGUUAUCUUGCAUUCCGCCAUGAUUUUUGAAGUCGUUGAUUGGCCUAACAUUAUCUGGUGUCCUGAAGCAAGGAAUUUAGGUAAAUCCACGAUAUUGUGGACUAAUCCAAUAGGCAACUCGUUUUUGCCAGCAGCACUCAAGCCAGUGGGUGACCGAGAUGGAGCAGGGUGACUUAUCUGCUCAAGCAGCUACUGUAGUCUGCCCCGAAUAGCAGGAGUGAUUGAGUUUUUUUCCAGGAUUACCUGAAAAAGGGGACUGAUUAGACGACUCAAAGGCUGCCCCUCUACUGAAAGGGUUCCUUUAAUGAAUCAAAACACGCCAAGGGCUGGCUGGUGGAGUAAUUAGAUGGCAAAGGGACAGAGUUGGAAAUUUUGAUACCCGGUUAAGGAAUUCUGACCCAAUAUGAUAUAAUCCCUUGCAUAAAAUUUCAUUUUGCUUAUUUAUGGUUGGUCAAGCACAGAUGCCAACAGAUGCCAACACCCCCACCCCCACCCCCACCCCCCCCCACCCCCACCCCCACCCCCCACCCCCCCACCCCCACCCCCCACCCCCACCCCCACCCCCACCCCCACCCCCACCCCCACCCCCACAUGCAUGGAUCCCACCCCCACCCCCCCAUGCAUGGAUCCCACCCCCACCCCCCCAUGCAUGGAUCCCACCCCCACCCCCUAGUAUAUAUGGAUCACACCCCCACCCCCUAUGUUAAUAGAUCCCACCCCCUCCACCCCCCACCCCCUCUAUCAUAUAGGUAAACAUAUAAGUAUCAAAUCUUACAAAUAAGACAUACAAUAAAAUUUUAGUUAAUUCAUAAAUGGAUUCAUAAAUAAAUAUUAAUGACCAUAAGUAUAUUUAGCAUAGACUGAUAUAGCCAAUAUAUUAGUAAUACAUUUAAAAUAAAAUAAUUGCAAAAAAACUUGUUACAUAGAAAGGAAUCAAUAAAUGACUCAAAAAAUAUUUUUGAUAUCUCUUAUAAAGUCUUUACUCCCUCCAUUUAAUAACGAACACUUUUUUAGUUCGUUAUUAAAUGGGUCUAACUUAUAAAAUUUUUGGAAAAAAAAUAUAUAAAAAUUAUAUUAAAUAUCUAUGAUUUUUCAUAUAAAAAUUUCAAUAAAGGGUUAAUAAUAAAAAAGUCAAAUGAUGACAACAUAAAGAUAAAGCGCCUGAAUUCUAUAAAUUUAAAAAAAAAUAAUCUCCUUCAUGAGCAAACGAUAUUUUUUGUUCACUUACGGAGGGGGAAGUAAAGCACCAUCUUAAGAUUAAGCCACUAUUAGCUCUUAUUUAUUAUUCUUUGAUCGAUUAUGCUUGUCUUUAUCUUACUCUAACUACUUAAAAUUAAUAAACUGUAAAGACUAAAUUAGCUUAUAUAAAUUUUAUAGUAAAUUUUGUUCGUUAUUAAAUGGCCUAACUCCCCCCCCUCCGUAAGUGAACAAAACCAUUAGAAAAAUCGCCAUUUUUUGCCCAAAACCCACCUCCGUGAGUGAACAAAAAAUUUUUUAUGUAAAAAAAUUUGAUAUAUAAAUGAUAAUUAGUACAAAGAAAUCUAAAGCUAAUUCUGUUUAAUUUUAAACGAAUUGCCUUUUAAAACAUAAAUUUUAUAAAUUAAAUUAAUAUUUGCUUUCCAAUUUUUGCGAAUUAGGAUUUUUUUAAAUUUCGAAAAAAAAAAUAAUUUUUAUAAAAUUUAUAUAUAAAUUUUUUUAAAAAAAAAAAAUUAACCCCCUCCGUGAGUGAACAAAAUUUUUUUGUUCACUCACGGGGGGGGGGGGAGUAAGGAAAAAUUUUUAGAAAAAAAAAAUGACGGUUUUGUUCGUUAUUAAUGGCGGGGGGGAGCUAGCCUGCAUUCUUUGAAAAUUUUUGACCUUUAUAUGAUUUAAACACGAGGUAUGUGCUUGAAGGUUCAUUGAAAAUAUGCUUCCUUGUUAGCACACUGUAUCCGAUCUUCCUCUUUCAUCCCUAUGACUUUGAAUUUUUUUAUGCUGUGAGCAAUUAAUAUGCUUUAAUUGCCUUUAAUACAGUUUACAUUAUAUAGGGGGGUGGCAUCUAUUAAUGGAAUGGGGGUGGGUGGGAUCCAUAGAUGCAAGGGGGAUGGGGGGGGUGAUCCAUACAGGGGUGGGGGUGUGAUGCAUACAUCCAAACUGGGGGGGUGGGGGUUGGGGGGUUGGCAUCUGUGCUUGACCAUAUGGUAAAUUGAUUUUAAAAUGUCAAAAAAAUUUCAACAUACCAUAGACUCAGUUUUAUAUAUAAUGACAUGUCAAAAUUUUUUGAAAUUUUAAAAUCAAUUUACCAUAAAUAAGCAAAAAUAAAAUAUUAGCAAUACAUUAUAGCCACUACUUAAAAAUCAGUGGUUUCAGCCGAGGCUAAGAAGUGCCUGAUGUGGAAGCCACUUAAUUCAUUUGUACCACCAGACAGCCGUAAAGAGUUCCAACUUUUAAGCAGAGGGCUUUAAAUAUUUCUAUCUUAAUUAACUACUAACCUUUAUCCACUUCUGCAGCCAUAUAGACAGUUUAAAUUUGGAUGAUUCCCGCAGCAGUUCUCUUGCGUCUUCACUUGUAGAAGAAGUUUUUGUUCAAAAUCCAAACCAAGUUACAAUCACUUUUAAAUGAAGUGAAGGGGGAACUGACGUUUAUUUAUCAGGCUCUUUCAAUAAUUGAUCUGAAAAACUUGAAAUGGAGCAGCUCGGGAACGAUUUUGUGAUAUAUAAGCAGCUUGAUCGGGGAGUUGUAUAUGAGUAUAAGUUUAUUGUAGACGGGACUUGAAAAUGCGCUCAUGACCAGCCUAUCAAAAAAGACCAAAACGGAAAUUUUAACAAUUGGAUUGAUAUUACAUUAUAUAAGAAAAUUUAAAAGCUGCCAGUUUCGCCUACCUACUGCGGGGUUGCCAAAUCAGAGCUUCCACAUUUUUAUAGAUGCUUGGGACGACUGACUGCUUGGAUAACUGUCUCUGCUGGCAAAAAACUUCUUCAGAGCAUGUUUUUAAACUCUGUUGACAGUUUCAUCGGCUCAAGAGUGAGCAAAUUCUGUAUUCUUGACAGCGUGGCAACUAAAGGUUCCUUUGCUGCCGCAGGACUGAAGUGAAAAGCCUCAGACCUUUCAGAUUCCCUUGGGACAUGCUAAAUAGUAUGUGCCUUCCUUUCAAGUUUCUUGCCUGUCGUUGCCGGGAUAAAAUUCUCAAGUAAAUCCAAGCCUCAUAAUUAAAAGGCAUGGAGUAAGUGGUGCCGAUCUGCAGAUCAGUAUCUUACUAUCAUCGCCAAUUUAUGUUUUAAAUAAUUGGAUUGAUACAGGAACUCUACAGGAAAUUAAUUUAGAAGAAAAUACCAAAAAUUCUAAUGAGUACACCCAAGAGUAUUGUUCUGAUUUCACAACUAUGGACCCUGAUAUAUUGCCUGAGCAUCUCCACUAUGUCCUUGCUAAUCAUUCUAACUCAUUUGAUUAUAAACAAAAAGAGACCAUUCCUCACAACUCCUCAAUCCGCCAAACAAAUAAUGAACUCGGAGGGGAAAACAGUCUAAAUAAAAAUGAGCUACCAAUCCCAGCUCAUGUAAUUUUAAACCACGCAGGAGUAAGGGCUAACGAAAGAGUAAUCGGGCUUACUACAACUCAAAGGUACCGACAGAAAUUUAUAACAACUAUGUAUUACAAGCCAAUUAAAUAA